AUGAGGAUGUUCAGACGAAACUUUCGACUCCAAGACGUCACAGUCAUGUACUUCACUGCGUUAGCCACUCUGAUGAUCAUCCUUGUAGCGUCUUAUCAGGCACCCAGUUCUGCAGUGGAUGUCUCCAACCUGCGCUCCGACAGGGUCUUGCCGCCUCUGCCCAUGCCCUUCCGGGUACUGCUAGACCCCAGCGGAGAGCUACAGCUGGCCUGGAACAUCAGCUAUGCAAGACAGGAGGUGUACAUGCAGCUAAGAGUGGCCAAGAUUCGCCACGGGAUCGUAUUGGGAAUGUCAGAUAGAGGAGAACUGAUCAACGCAGACCUGGUGGUGCUGUGGGACAACGGGGAAAGGAGCUAUUUUGGGGAUGGAUGGAGUGAUGCUGAAGGCCACGUGUCGCUGGACUGUCAACAGGACUAUGAGCUGCUCCGAGCCGAGCAGAGAGAAGACAGCUUCUACCUGCUCUUCAGACGGUCCUUUGCCACAUGUGAUCCCAGGGACUUCCUCAUCCAGGAUGGAACUGUGCACUUUAUCUAUGGACUCCUGGACAAACCACUGGCCUCGCUGGAGAUGUUGAACUUGUCCCUUAUACAGACCGGACUACAGAGGGUGGUCCUGCUGCGGCCAGACACCCAGCCCCCUACCCUACCCCCCGACAUCAGAACUCUGGAAGUUCGCUCUCCAAACGUGGUCAUUCCCAGUCAAGAGACCACCUACUGGUGCUUCAUACAGAAGCUGCCCAAAAACAUGCCAAAGAACCACAUUUUGAUGUACGAGCCUGUGAUCACAACGGGGAAUGAAGCCAUCGUGCACCAUAUGGAGGUGUUUGAGUGUGAUCCGGAAGUCCACGAGGUUCCGGAUUACAGUGGCUCCUGUGACGACAAAAUGAAGCCCCGAACACUCAACUCCUGCCGACACGUGCUGGCGGCAUGGGCCAUGGGAGCAGAGCCAUUCUACUACCCUCCGGAUGCAGGCAUGCCCAUCGGAGGCUCUGAAGGCUCCAAGUUUCUCCGUCUUGAAGUCCACUAUCACAAUCCUCUAAUCAUCACUGGUCGUCUAGACUCCUCAGGGAUAAGGCUACACUACACUCCCAGUCUGAGGAAGUACGAUGCGGGUAUCAUGGAGCUGGGUUUGGUUUACACCCCCAUCAUGGCUAUCCCUCCGAGACAGCAAGCCUUCGACCUGAGUGGUUACUGCAACUCCAAAUGCACCGCAACUGCUUUGCCCAAAGAAGGGAUCUAUGUGUUUGCCUCUCAGCUGCACACGCACCUCGCUGGACGUGCAGUCAGGACAACCUUGAUUCGAGAAGGCAAGGAAGUCGAGGUUCUCUCGCAGGAUCCACACUUCAGCGCACAUUAUCAGAUGAUCCGGAGUCUGAGGAAGAUGGUUCAUAUUUUACCAGGAGACGUUCUCAUAACCAAGUGCACGUAUAACACGGAAAACCGGAUGAAACCCACAGUGGGAGGAUUUGGAAUAAUGGAGGAGAUGUGUGUCGACUACAUCCACUACUACCCUCGCACGCAGCUAGAGCUGUGCAAGACCCACGUCGACCCUGGCUAUCUACAGAAGUACUUCAAUUUCAUCAACAGGUUUCAGGGCGAUGACCACUGUGUGUGCGGAGACAUGAACGUGGCACAACAGUACGAGAUGUUGAAGUGGGAUGCGUUCUCUGCAGAGGUUCUGGAUUCUCUGUACAACACUGCGCCGAUCUCAAUGCACUGCAACCAGUCCUUUGCCAAGCUCUUUCCAGGAGACUGGGAGAAUCAGCCGUUACCAGAUGUGACAUCUGUCCUUGAGAAGCCACACUUCCCCUGCGAAGCUCCCAGGGCUGAUGGGAAAAAUCUUCCCAGAGAGGAAGUCUAG